AUGGCGGACUCAAAGGCAUCGUCGCGGCGGAGCAAGGGCGCCGAGCCGACGCCCAUGGACACGGGGGCGGCACCGGCGACGGCAGCCCGCAAGUCGUUUAUGACGGCCGGCACCGGAGCUCUGCCGGCGGCGGCGACGGUGGCGACGUCGACGCCGACGCUCAUCAACUACGACCUGUGCUGUGCCUGCGGCGCUGGCGGCGACCUCAUCUGCUGCGACUCGUGCCCAAACUCGUUCCAUCUCGAUUGUUUGGAGCCUGCGCUCGAAAAGGUGCCUGCCGGCUCGUGGUACUGCAACGCGUGCUACACGACCAAGCAUGCGCCGCCGCACGGAGUUGCGGCCAUGUCCAACAAGUUCUUUGGCAAGCUCAUCGACUCGCUGACUCGCGACAACCCGCAGGUCUUCCACUUGCCACCGUCGAUCCUGUCGCGCAAGCGGAAGCGCGGCUUCUCGUACGGGACCAAGGUGACCCGCGUUCUCGGCGCGGCCGGCCGCCCGCUGGCUCCGGCCGCCGCUCGCAGUGUCCUCGACCUGCCGGCCAGGCAGGUCAACGCGACGGCGAAUCAGCUGGAAAAGGCUGGGCUCUCGGUCAUCGAGCGGUCGGCGCUCGCGCCGCGGAGUGAGGUGCGGAGCGGAAAGAAGAGCGCUGGAGGCGCGGGAGCGGGUUCCGAGGCCGGCGCCAACGGGGCCGCUGCUGCGGGGAUUGUGCCGGACGACAGCGACGCGCUCAACGUCUCGUGGUGCUGCAAGUGCUCUGCGGCGGGCGGGCCGCUCCUGCCGUGCGACCUCUGCUGCCGGUCGUUCCACCCCGAGUGCGUCGGCCUGGAGCGCGGAGCGCGGGUCUCGGACUCGUGGGUCUGUCCGAACCACAAUGACCUUGAUGUGUACGCGGCUCGGGUCCGCGAGUUUGUGCUCAAGAAGCAAAAGACAGCGGCGAGUGCCGGGAGCGACGACGGAGCGCACGGCUUUGUUGACGACGAGCCGGUCACGCUUGACUUUGGCCUCAGCAGCGCCAAAGAGGCGAGUGCGGCGCCGCGCCGCGUGAGCGGGCGGACGGCGCGGGUGACUGUGCCGGGCAUCACGCCGUUUGCGACGGGCGCCACGCCGUCGGUGGCCGAGCAGAACGAGUGGGUAGCGGCUCUGGAGAGCAUGCGCUCCUCGGUGGCCGAGGCCGUGGAGGCGUCGCAGGCCAGCGCAGCCGGCGAAGCGGUCGCCAUGGAAACCGACUCGCUGCAGACCAAGAUGGUGGGCCUGAUGCAGGAACAGAUGGCUAUGUACCGGGCGGCAAUGGGCGAGCCGGCGCCGCCGGCGGGCGCCGCCCUCGAGGGUCGGCCAGUCUCGGCGCUCGCGCUGCAGCGGGUUCUCUCGGCUGAGUUUGUCGAGUUUCUGGCCUGGCAGCGGCUCAACCAGCUGACCGCUCGGGUCCACGAGGUCCAGGCCGAGCUGCUCCAGGCCGGCGAGGUGCCUGUCGAGCUGGCGACGGCGGCCGCAGGCGCGGCAGCCGGCCACCCGCUGCGGGCGCCGGCUGUCGAGUAUGACGAGCCGGUGGCGUUCCUCGCCACAGACGUGGUUACGCUCCCGCUCACCGGAAACUCGGUCGUGGUGGGGCGGGCUGCCCCAGGCUCGAGCGCUGCGCCCGACCUGGACCUCUCCUUCCUCAACGGUUCGUCGUCGGUCUCGCGCAAGCACGCGGCCAUUGUCCAGAGCAAGGAUGGCUUUACUCUCCUCAACUACGCCAAGGGUGGCACCCGCGUCAACGGCGUUCUUGUCGCCGACGAGCCGAUCGCCCUCGCCUCCAACGACGUCGUCUCUUUUGGCAAGCUCGAGUUCCGCUUCCGCGUCGCCGGCGCGCACGCCGGCCAGGCAUAA